CGACGACGACGACGACGACGACGACAACAACAAGGAAGAGGAGGAAGACAACGACACCAUGAAGCUGAAGCAAACGAAAACAAGCGUAGUCUUGGCAAUCGCCGUCUCUAUGGUGAUGGCGAUGGUACCAUCGGGUGCAAAAGCUUUCGUGGUUCACGCCCAGAGGACAACAUCGCCUCCGGUGUACGAUUCUACAACCAGCCAGGCCUUUUCUGCCGACGCUUGCRAAAUCGCACCCGCUGGCUAUGCACCAGUUCGUCGCUCCUUGYCUCCGACGACUGCCCUAUCAACGGCGGCAACAGCGGUGCUGCCCGGUCCCCUGGCCGCAGCGGCGGUGAUCCCGACCUGCCUCGGCCUCUGGAGGACGGGCUUUGCCGUCUCGUACGGAUACGGCGUGGCCAUGCUGGCAUCCGGGGCGGUCCAGYUCGCGGCCUUCCUCGAGGGAUCGUCGGGGGCGACGCUUCCCCUCAAGCUCCACGCGGCCCUCUAUGUGUUCUACGGUGCCCGGCUGUGCUCGUUCCUGUUCCACCGGGCAAGGACCUCCUCGCUGGUGCAGAUGAAACGCAAGGACGCMACGCUCGCGGAGCGCCUGAAGCGCAUCCCGCUCCUCCUGGGGUGCUCCGGGCUGUACUAUUGCAUGGCGGCCGCUCCGAUGAAGAUCCUCGCCUCGACCAAUCCGGUGGCGAGCCUCGCGAACGCGGCCGCCCUCGCGGUCGGUGGCUCMGGYUUUCUCCUCGCCGCCGUGGGAGACUGGUACAAGUCCAGGAUCAAGGCGAGGGACGGCCCGGACACCCUCGUCACCACCGGUCCCUUUCGCUAUCUCCGCCACCCCAACUACACCGGGGAGAUGAUCGGAUGGACUUCGGUKUGCGUCCUGGUUCCGGCGCUGAGUCUCGGGAAGACCAGCCCUUCCUCGGUGGUUCCGCUGGCCCUCUCCGCGCUCCUGGGAUGGGCGGGGAUGGUCUUUGCCGUGCUGGGAGACGCGACGCUGGGAUUGGAAAAGAAGCACAGGGAGAAAUACGGCGGAACCCCGGAGUACGAGGCAUGGGUGAAGAGCUCGUGGUCGGGCCCCAUGGUUGGCAAACUCGAUGRCGAUGCCCCUGCCGGCAAGGAGGAAUAGACCGAAUCGCGAACCGUGGCAGGUGCAGCCUCGGCGGGGAUGCUAUGGUUGCAAGGUUC